AUGCAAGGAGGAUCGUCGGGAAUUGGUUACGGAUUGAAGUAUCAGGCUCGAUGUAUAUCGGAUGUGAAAGCCGAUACGGACUACACUAGCUUUCUCACUGGUACUCUAAGUUUGAAAGAAGAAAACGAGGUUCAUCUUCUUCGUCUGUCAUCUGGUGGAACUGAGCUGGUAUGCGAGGGUUUGUUCUCUCAUCCUAAUGAGAUAUGGGACCUUGCUUCUUGCCCUUUUGAUCAACGCAUUUUCUCCACCGUCUUCUCCACUGGUGAAUCGUUUGGAGCAGCGAUAUGGCAAAUUCCCGAGUUAUAUGGUCAAUUGAGUUCUCCACAAUUGGAGCGUGUUGCAUCUCUUGAUGCACAUGUUGGCAAGAUUAAUUGUGUUCUUUGGUGGCCUUCUGGAAGGUGUGACAAGUUGAUCAGCAUGGAUGAACAAAAUAUUUUCUUGUGGAACUUGGACUGUUCGAAAAAGUCUGCUGAGGUUCAAUCUAAGGAUUCGGCUGGGAUGUUGCAUUCUUUAUCUGGUGGAGCAUGGAGUCCACACGAUGUAAAUGCUGUUGCAGCGACUGGUGAAUCAUCUGUCCAGUUCUGGGACCUCCGUACUAUGAAGAAGGUUAAUUCAAUUGAACGUGCUCAUGUACGCGGUGUUGAUUACAGUCCCAAGAGAGAACACACAUUUAUAACUGCAGAGGAUGAAUCUGGUAUACAUAUCUGGGAUCUCCGGAAGGCCAAGGUUCCUGUCCAAUCGCUUCCUGGUCAUACACAUUGGACAUGGUCUGUCAAGUGUAACCCUGAGUAUGAUGGGCUUAUUCUGAGUGCUGGAACAGAUUCAGCUGUCAACUUGUGGUAUGCUUCAUCAUCAUCCACUGAUGAAAAAGCCUCAGAAAGCCCUGUGGCAUCAACACGUCAGCGCGUAAACCUACUGCUCAACUCGUACACUGAUUAUGAAGACAGUGUUUAUGGCCUUGCUUGGAGCUCACGCGAGCCUUGGGUUUUUGCAUCAUUAUCAUACGACGGAAGGGUCGUCAUCGAAUCCGUCAAGCCUUUCCUUCCGAGACUAAAGUAA